AUGGGAUCAGGAAACGGUGUCGUUUUCUUCAAAGAUUUCUUCCCUGAAAUGGUGGAGAAACUGGGAAUUAAAGGGUUCAUGAAGGAAUUGAGAUCUGGGUUUUAUUUGAUGAUGGAUAAAGAAAAAGGUCUGAUAACUCCAGAAAGCUUGAGAAAAAACAUGGGAUUUUUGGGAUUAAUAUUGGAAGAUGAAGAAGUGAUGUUGAUGGUGAGAGAAGGCGAUUUAGAUGGAGAUGGAGCUUUGAAUGAAGCUGAAUUUUGCAUUCUUAUGAUCAGACUUAGCCCAACUUUGUUUCACCAAUCUCAUUUGGAUAAAAACUUUGGGAGGAAAUAG